GGCCUCCUCAAGGUGUUGAGGGAUCCGCUUCCUUUGGCCUGGAUCUCCUGAGGUUGUGCGGAUUAAAUGCGGUGGGAGCUGCAGGCUCCAGCAUUGUGAAGACUGAACAGGGAGACCCUCAACUGGUCCUCAUCAAGCAGGAGGACAUCAGCAUUAAAGAAGAGGUUUCGGAAAUGGAACUUUCGUCGAUUUUUAAUUGGCCACUUUUUACCGAAGGUGCCAAAGAAGGAAGGAUGGCUGAUUUUGGUUGGACUUUUCUGGGUGGCCCAUCCUCCUCCUCCUCUUCCUUCCUGCCUCCACAGCUCUGUGGGCCUGGAGAUGAGAAUGAUACUAAAGAAGGACUCCUACAGAAACUGUGCAUGGACCAAAACGGUAUCCAUCAGAAAAUUCCUCCAGGAGAAAAAAUAUACGAAUGCCGUGAAUGUGGAAAGUCUUUUGGGCGGAACUCCUACCUUAUACAACACGAGAGAAUUCACAGAGAAGAAAAACCGUACCAGUGUGGUGACUGCGACAAGUCAUUUAGCCAGAAAGCCAACCUCCAGCGCCACCGGAGAACUCACACCGGAGAAAAACCGUAUCAUUGUCUUCUGUGUGGAAAAUCUUUCAGCCAAAAUAUAGACCUAAGGCGCCACCAGCGGAUUCACACUGGUGAAAAACCGUACCAGUGCAGUGAGUGUGGAAAGGCCUUUAGCCAGUUUGCGAAUCUUAGGGUUCACCAAAGGAUUCACACCGGAGAAAAGCCUUUCCAGUGUGGUGAAUGUGGAAAGUGUUUUGAGACCGAUUCAAAAUGUAAAGCCCACCAGAGAAUUCACACUGGAGAAAAGCCAUUCCGGUGUGAGGUAUGUGGAAAGACUUACAGCCAAUUCAUAGAUCUUAGACGGCACCAGGGAUCUCACACGGGAGAAAAACUGUACCCUUGCACUUUGUGCCCAAAGUCAUAUACUCGAAAUGACAAAUUGAUACAGCACAUGAGGAUUCACACCGGAGAAAAACCGUUUCAAUGUACAGAUUGUGGAAAGAAUUUCAGUGUAGCUGCAAACCUUAGAUACCAUCAAAGACUCCACACGGGGGAAAAAGCCUAUCAGUGUAAUGAAUGUGGAAAACUGUUUGUGCACAUGUCACAGUUCAAGCUUCACCAGCGAGUCCACACGGGAGAAAAGCCGUACCGAUGUACUGCAUGUGGGAAGACGUUUAGCCAGACUGCUAAUCUACGUCAGCACCAGAGGACUCACACGGGAGAAAAACCGUACAAAUGCUCUCAGUGCGAUAAGGCCUUCAGCCAAAAUAUAGACCUCAGGCGCCACCAAAGGACUCACACUGGAGAAAAACCGUACCAGUGCUCAGAGUGCGGAAAGGCUUUUGGUCAUUACGUAAACCUGAGGGUUCACCAGAGGAUUCACACCGGAGAAAAACCUUACCAAUGUACAGAGUGUGGAAGGAGGUUUAGCCAAGCAACAAAUCUCCACUGCCACAUGAGAAUUCACACGAGAGAAAAGCGGUCCAGGCGGAGAGAAGGACGAGGGCCUUCUGAAGGAAUGGGCAGAAGGAAUGGGCUGAGGUCUGGAGAUUCCAGCAUUGUGAAGACUGAGCAGGGAGGCCAUCAACUGGCCUUCGUUAAGGAAGAGAAUUUCAGCAUUAAAGAGGAGGAUUCAGAGAUGGAAAUUUCUUCUGCUGCUAAGGGGCAGGUUCAUGGUGAUUGUGCCGAUAAAGAGGGCAUCCCAUCUUCCUCCUCCCCUCAGCAGAACUGCGGGCCUGGAGAUGAGAACACAAAUGAUGAUGGAGUCUACCAGAAAGUUCCUUCUGGAGAAAAAACGUACGAGUGCCGUGAAUGUGGAAAGUCUUUCAGCCGGAACUCCCACCUCAUACAACACGAGAGAAUUCACCGAGAAGAAAAACCGUACCAGUGUGAUGACUGCGACAAGUCUUUUAGUCAGAAAGCCAACCUCCAACGCCACCGGAGAACUCACACCGGAGAAAAACCGUAUCAGUGUCCUCUGUGCGGAAAAGCCUUCAGCCAAAAUAUAGACCUCCGACGCCACCAGAGGACUCACACUGGUGAAAAACCGUACCAGUGCACCGAGUGCGGGAAGGCCUUCAGUCAGUUUGCAAACCUGAGGUUUCACCAGAGGAUUCACACCGGAGAGAAACCUUACAAGUGUACCGAAUGUGGGAAGGCCUUUGAGACGGCUUCAAAGCUUAAAAUCCACCAGAGGGUUCACACGGGAGAAAAGCCGUACCUGUGCACGGUGUGUGGAAAGACAUUCCGAGAGACUUCACACUUUAAACGACAUCAGAGAAUUCACACCGAUAAGAAAACCUAUCAGUGCUCGGAAUGUGGAAAGAUGUUCCGGAAUUCGGUAACCCUCCAAGAACACCUGAGCAUUCACACCGGCGAGAAGCCCCACCAAUGUGGCAUUUGUGGGAAGGCCUUUCGGAAGAGUUCAAGUCUUCAACUGCACCAGAGCAUUCACACGGGUUUCAAACCUUUUCAGUGUGCUGAGUGCGGGAAGACCUUAAGGGAUUCCGUAAGCCUUAAGCAGCAUCAGAAAAUUCACACUGAAGAAAAACCUUAUCAGUGUCGUGAGUGUGGGAAAGCUUUUAGGAUUUCCGCCAACCUGACAGAACAUCUGAGAAUUCACACGGGUGAAAAACCUUACCAGUGUACCACAUGUGGAAAAGCUUUCAUCCGGAAUAUCCAGCUUAAAAUCCACCAGCGAAUCCACACAGGUGAAAAUCCAUACCAGUGCACUGAGUGUGGAAAAUCCUUCUCCAGGGCCUCAAACCUUAAAAUCCACCAGAAGGUUCACACGGGUGAAAAACCUUACCAAUGUACGGUAUGUGGAAAGACGUUCAGACAGACCUCAAAUCUGAAAUUCCACCAGAAAAUCCACACCGGUGAGAAACCGUAUCAGUGUAAGGAGUGCGGAAAGUCUUUUAGACAGACUUCACAUUUCAAACGGCACCAGAGAAUUCACGCGGAGGAAAAAUCCUACCCGUGUUCUGAAUGUGGGAAGACUUUCAGGAAUCAGGGAAGUCUUGAAGGUCACCGGAGCAUUCACACAGGAGAUAAGCCGUACCAAUGUACAGAGUGUGGAAAGUCUUUUAGGAGAAAUACACGUCUUAAACUCCACCAGAGCAUCCAUGCAGGAGAAAAACUGUACCAGUGUUCAGAAUGUGGCAAAAUUUUAGGGGACACAGUAAGCUUAAGGCAGCACCUGAGAAUUCACACUGGAGAGAAACCGUUUCUGUGUACCGAAUGUGGAAAAACGUUCAGGACUUCUGCCAACCUUAGGGAACACCAGAGGAUUCACACUGGUGAAAAACCAUACCAGUGCAGUGAAUGCGGAAAGAAUUUACGGGAUUCGGUAAGCCUCCGACAACACCAGAGGAUUCACACCGGAGAGAAACCCUUUCACUGUACUGAGUGUGGAAAAGCUUUCAGGAAUUCGGCACAUCUUAGGGAACACCACAGAACUCACACCGGUGAAAAACGAUAUCAUUGUGAUGAAUGCGGGAAACCGUUUCGAGAUUCGGUAAGCCUUAGACAACACCAGAGGAUUCACACCGGGGAAAAACCAUAUCACUGUAACGAGUGUGGAAAAGACUUCAGGAAUUCUUCCAACCUUAGGGAACACCAAAGAAUUCACACAGGAGAAAAACCUUACCAAUGUACUACCUGCGGAAAAUCCUUCACCCGGGGUAUACAACUUAAAACCCACCAACGAAUUCACACGGGAGAAAAUCCGUUCCAGUGUACUGAAUGUGGGAAGUCCUUCUCCAGGGCAUCCAACCUUAAAAUCCACCAGACGAUUCACACGGGUGAAAAACCGUACCAGUGUACGGAGUGUGGAAAGACUUUCAGGCAGACUUCAAAUCUGAAAUUCCACCAGAAGAUUCACUCUGGCGAAAAACCGUAUCAGUGUUCAGAGUGUAAAAAGACUUUCAUCAAUUCGGUAAGCCUUCGACGACACCAGAAGAUUCACACAGGAGGAGCAAAUGUCCAUAAAGAUGGUGUCACUAAAUGAGCUGACUACACUAGUGACCGUGAUUACCUUUGACUGGUGGAUGUAUUAGGAAUUGGUGUAUUCUGUUCAUAUUUCUUAAGAUGUAGAAGAAGAAGAAGAAGAAGAAGAAGAAGAAAGGUUUUCUUUGUUUGCUCUCAUUGACCUGAGUGGUCACUUUUUUGGGUCUGCCUAUUGGAUUGUCACUUAUAAAGAUAAGGAGUUGGGGAGUCACCACAACCACCCUGUUUGAUGAUGAUAUGACAAAAGUAACUGUAAGUAGGAUCGAAAGUGAAAUAAAUGGACUGAGGGGGUUAGUGGUUUAGAGAAAAAUCACUCCUGAUGAGCAGAUGAGUCUCAUACAGACGUGGGUUCUUAACUAAAUACCGACUUCUGGGUCGGAUUACAGAUAUACGACAACAAAGGUGGAAUAGUUGAGACUUUCUGGAAUUAUAGAGGAAGUGAUGUCACUCUUCAUCUUCUGGUUCCUGGUCAUGUCUAUGGACAAAAAGGGAGAAGAACUCAGUGAUUGCGCCCUCUCCUGGUCAGGAGUAUCUAUGACAUUUUCAGCAGAGCCCUUCAAGUACCAUAAUUGCGCAUGCCUGACACAGUUACGUCAUGUAAUGCUUAUCUGUUGGUGUGUUCUGAGGUUUACUCAGGUAAGCAAGAAAUGAAUUUGAAGGUAAGGCAGCUUAAGUCACUGAUCCUGGCACAGCAGAUUUGCAGCACACCCCAUGGAAGUGGUUGACUUUAACACAACUUCCACAGGCAAACAUUAGAUGUUCAUGCAAACAGUGCCUAAAGAUAAAGGUGUUUGCCUGGUCAGGUUUGUGGAAAAAGUGACCAGUUUCCAUGGGGUAUACUUACUUUUUCACAUGACUUCUAUAUUGAUUAGCACAUGAUAAUAAGAAUUCCACUGUAGUUGGACAAUAAGGAGCCUACAAGCCUAUAAUGCUGUGAGCAGUCAGGGAUGAAGGAGCAAUAGAGGGCAUCCCAGAAGAGGGGCAAAAAAUUAAUCUGUCCUGACAGGGAGUCCAAAAGAGGACAAAGUCCUUGCAAUAACUUUUCCAGGUGGUAUAUAAUGAGGGGAGGAAGACAGGGAAUCUAGGUGAAGGGACCUCACAGUCCCCCUCACAUUAAAUAACUCUUUAUAUUAAUGCCCCCUGUAGUUCUAUUACCUGACCCUUUAGUUAUGAAUGGUACAAGAGGCUUUGUGAAUUCUUCCUUCAGAUACUGUAAUACAAAAAAACUGAGAGUGAUGGACUUCUCUAAUUAUACUUCUAACAAACAUCAAGCACAAGAAAUUAUUUCAGAAAAAGAAGGCAAACGUUUCAAGGUAAGGUACAACUCAAUUACUGUCCACGUUGAGAGAGCAUGGAAAAUGCUAAUAAAAGAAAAAUUGAGCGAGAUGGCAGUCAAAGGGGCUUCUUCAAAGUAUGGAAUCAAGGUAUGCAUCCUUCUACUUGUAUGAAAGAGACGUUUGUCUUUUUAAUAAAUUUGCAAACCUUUCUGAAAACGUUUUCAUUUUAUCAUGAUGGGUUAUUAAGUGUAGAUUGCUGGUCAAAAAUGGCAGAUUUAUCCAUUUUAAAUUACAUCUUCCUCUCAACAGAGGGCGCAGAAAGUGAAGGGGUCGGGUUACUUUCUGAAUCCAAUGUUUAAAAACAAUUCUUUUUUAUCAUACAUUCGAUUUACACGUCUCAUGAGGUUUAACUACCGCCAGGUGGCAGCAGUGCACGAGCGUCUUCUGGUGCACAAGCGCACUUGCAAUUCUUCCCGUUAGUCACCGAUAGAUAGAUAACUAGAAAUGAA